UCGCGUGGGGAGCACGCUCCGGGACGCCUUCCGCCGUCGGGAGCCCUACAACUACCUGCAGAGGGCCUAUUACCAGUUGAAGAAGCUGGAUCUGGCAGCCGCCGCAGCACACACCUUCUUUGUAGCAAACCCUAUGCACCUGCAGAUGCGAGAGGACAUGGCUAAGUACAGACGAAUGUCGGGAGUUCAGCCCCAGAGCUUCCGGGACCUGGAGACGCCGCCCCACUGGGCAGCCUAUGACACCGGCCUGGAGCUACUGGAGCGCCAGGAGGCAGGACUGGCACUGCCCAGGCUAGAGGAGGCCCUGCAGGGGAGCCUGGCCCAGAUGGAGAGCUGCCGUGCUGACUGCCAGGGGCCUGAGGAGCAGGAGGGGGCUGAAGAAGAGGAGGAUGGGGCUGGGAGCCAGGGGGGCCUCUAUGAGGCCAUUGCAAGACACUGGAUUCAGGUCCUGCAGUGCCGGCAACGCUGUGUAGGGGAAACAGCCACACGCCCUGGUCGCAGCUUCCCUGUCCCAGACUUCCUUCCCAGCCAGCUGAGGCGGCUACAUGAGGCCCAUGCUCAGGUGGGCAAUCUGUCCCAGGCAAUAGAAAAUGUCCUGAGUGUCCUGCUCUUCUACCCGGACGAUGAGGCUGCCAAGAGGGCUCUGAACCAGUACCAGGUCCAGCUGGGAGAGCCGAGACCUGGCCUCGGACCCAGAGAGGACAUCCAACGCUUCAUCCUCCGAUCCCUGGGGGAGAAGAGGCAGCUCUACUAUGCCAUGGAGCACCUGGGGGCCAGCUUCAAGGAUCCUGACCCCUGGACCCCUGCAGCUCUCAUCCCUGAGGCCCUUAGAGAAAAGCUCAGAGAGGAUCAAGAGAAGAGGCCUUGGGACCAUGAGCCCCCGAAGCCAAAGCCCUUGACCUACUGGAAGGAUGUCCUUCUCCUGGAGGGUGUGACCUUGACCCAGGAUUCCAGGCAGCUAAAUGGGUCGGAGCGGGCGGUGUUGGAUGGGCUGCUCACCCCAGCCGAGUGUGGGGUGCUGCUGCAGCUGGCUAAGGAUGCAGCUGGGGCUGGAGCCAGGUCUGGCUAUCGUGGUCGCCGCUCCCCUCACACCCCCCAUGAACGCUUCGAGGGGCUCACAGUGCUUAAGGCUGCACAGCUGGCCCGGGCUGGGACAGUGGGCAGUCAGGGUGCUAAGCUGCUUCUGGAGGUGAGCGAGCGGGUGCGGACCUUGACCCAGGCCUACUUCUCCCCGGAACGGCCCCUGCAUCUGUCCUUCACCCACCUGGUGUGCCGCAGCGCCAUAGAAGGAGAGCAAGAGCAGCGCAUGGACCUGAGUCACCCAGUGCACGCAGACAACUGCGUCCUGGACCCCGACACAGGAGAGUGCUGGCGGGAGCCCCCAGCCUACACCUAUCGGGACUACAGUGGACUCCUCUACCUCAACGAUGACUUCCAGGGUGGGGACCUGUUCUUCACGGAGCCCAACGCCCUCACUGUCACGGCUCGGGUGCGUCCUCGCUGUGGACGCCUUGUAGCCUUCAGCUCCGGUGGGGAGAAUCCCCAUGGGGUGUGGGCCGUGACUCGGGGACGGCGCUGUGCCCUGGCGCUGUGGCACACAUGGGCACCUGAGCACAGGGAGCAGGAGUGGAUAGAAGCCAAAGAACUGCUGCAGGAGUCAGAGGAGGAGGAGGAGGAAGAGGAAGAAAUGCCCAGCAAAGACCCUUCCCCAGAGCCCCCUAGCCGCAGGCACCAGAGGGUCCAAGACAAGGCUGGAAAGGCACCUCGGGUUCAGGAGGAGCUGUGAGUGGCUGAGCCAGCUCCUUGAGGAUGGGGCCACUUGACUUGUGCAAGGCCGUCUUGAUGCCAGGACCCACAGAAAGCCCCUGCGUGACAUCAGGAGCAGAACAGCGAGCUCUCUGUCCCUGCACCCCCACCAUCUUGGGGACCCACAAGGGCCUGGACUCAGAGGACAAUGCACAGGGUAGCCUGGAGCUCACCAGGGCUGGGGAGCCGGGACUGGGCCCAGCUGCCGGACCUGCAGCCCCGGACAGAUGGGGAACACUGUGCCUCCCUGAACGGAAAUGGCAGGGGAGGAGGCUGAUGCUUUAAAUGAAGAGGAUGGUGGGGUUGGGGGCAUAACCCUGCUGCUCUCUCCCAGUCUGUGCAAUAAAGGUCAUGAAGAUCCCUCAGCCAGGG